AUGUCCUCAUUGGAAUUCGAGAUUACAAGUAGGGGGAGGGAAACCAAGAACAGCGAGGAGCUGCCUUCUACCACCCAAGUUGCAGGCCUCAUCAAAGGGUCCCACUACCCUUCUCUGCCUCCGCUGAAAAUCAACAAAGGUGUAGAGGGCCCGGGAGGACCCCGAGGCGUGACGGGACCCUUUAGUCCGCCCUCAUGGGACAGGGAGUCGUCAGAUGCAGGGCACUUAAAAUACAUGCUGCCACCUUGGCGCGCCAUCGCAAGCAACUCAGAGAGAGCAGAAGACACGGCCGGGCAAAGAGAGGAGAAAGCGAAUGUCCUCAAGAAAGAGGGGGCGCGCCCCCCGUCCGCAGCUUUGAGGGCGAAGCAGUGCCCCCCCUCCCGCAUACUCGAAACAGAGACUCUGCAAGUGAGUGUCACGGAGCACGCGGACGGGGGGCUGGCAGGGGGCAGCGUGCGGGUUGUGAUUCUGAGCAAAAUGUGCCCUUUUCUCACUUUUUCAACUCACCUUAAAUUGGACGCCAUAAAAGCCGAGGCAGGGGAGCCAGGAACCAGAAGCUCUGCGGCCCACCUCGAGCUCCCGGAAUCACUGCCUUCAGGGCAAACAGCCCCUGCAGAGCAGGGGGGCCGCGGCAUAAAGACAGCAGAACAUCAAGCAGAGACAGAAAACCACGGAGUGCAGGCAGCCCCCGGGGAUGGCGUCAAGCCCCCCCAUGGCCGGGACUGCGAGGCAGAGACAGCGCCGCCGGGUGUGCUCAGGGCCUCCCAGCGCUGCGCCCUGUGCACGAGCAGGGAAGCAGAGGGGGGCAGAAGGGAGGGAGAAGUGAGGGAAGUGAGGGAGAAGGCAGAACAGGGGCUGGGAAGGGCAGGAGACAAGGUGACUCCGACUGGGCCUCCUCCUCCCGCGCCUGGCCCGCCCCUCCGGAGGCUGGCCCUGCGGCGUGAAGAGUUGUUUGCGAGUCCAAGACUCCCUUUGCAGCGCCCCAGGCCGGCGUGUGCAGGGGAAGCCAGACAUGCAGGCCCCGGAGGAGGCAUGAGCUCCUGUAACUUGACCAUACAAGCCAGGCGAUGCCUGGCCUACGGAAAGGCAAGGGACGGAGAGAACAUGAAGGAGGAGAGAGGCAGAAUAUUCUCCAAAAUAGUGAGUGUGCGAGCAGAGAGACCCCCGUUCACACGUCCACCCAGGAGAGCCCCUGCGAAUGCUCGCCAGCCCGAGGACGGCAUCCGCAGCAGCGGAGGCGAAGGCAGGCCCGGGCCGGCGCUGUCGGACAGUUUGGCUUCUCUUCCUUCCCCUCCGUACCUGAAACGGGGCCCUGGGAGGAAGGAACGGGAGGACCCACCCGGAGUUACCAAACCCCACUUUCCACCGCGGAAGAUUCAGGAUCCGUGUGAUUCGGGCGAGAGGGCGCAGGCCAAGCCGUGUGAUCGGAACGUGUUCGAAGGGCAAGACGGAAGCACAACAGCCGUGGAGGGUGAACAACCCCCCGGGCGCCUGGGCCCGCGGGCGCAGCAGUCCUCGCCCUCCCGGGCACGCGGCGCCGGCGCAUCGCGGUGGGGAACCCACGAGCCAGAGAGUCAGACGCAGAAAGACAAAGAGCUGCUUAUGGGUCUGAAAAGCAUCUGCUCCCCUUUCCCCACCCUCCCGCACUUCAAGUGUGAUCUAAGAGGAGAGGGCUGCGUGUCAAGGAUCAUAAAGUUGCCUCUCUCACAGCUGCCGUCCCAGGAGUCGUCGGAUGCAGAGACAACGGCACGUCCCCCAGCAGCGGGUGCGGCGCUUUCCGGUGACCGGCGAGAGCUAGACAAGGGCCCGCCACAGGCAGAAGAGCAGGGCAGUGAGGAAAAGGCAGAGAUGAGCCGCGAGGCAGAAGCCAGGGGUGUGGAUCUGGAAACAAAGAAAUCCCCCGUGUUACGGGCCUGGACUCAGAGCGACCCUCUGCGGCAAACGGAGGCGCAGGCGGGGAAACGGGCACCAGGUGUCGUGGCGCCUCCCACAGGUGCCCCCAGAGCCGCCCCACUCGCGGGCGUGGAGCAGGCGGGCGAGCCCACGGUGACUAGGGCCUCUGCUUCCUCGGCCCACUUCCCGGAGUCAUCAGAGGCUGAGAAAGCCGACCAGGUAGAGCCGGGGGCCAGGGAGCUGUCCGCGCCCCCUCGCCACGGAGCAGGAAGCUCGCCCGCGGGCGGGGCAGGGCACCGGGCAGGCCGCCUGCUUCCCACACGUCCAGGAAAGGAGCCGCCAGAGGGUGAAGAUGAACCAGGCGCGGUUCUGACCGCACCUUCCAGCCCACGGCGGUCGUGGCGCCCUCGGCGCACGGAGGAUAAAGCAACCCAAGCAGAGCGUGACCCGCCUGCCCUGCGGAGCUCUGCCCGGCAGAGAACAUCAGAGGCCGGGGAAGCGGUUCCCGUGGAGCCAGCGGGUGGUGGUGCCAUCAGAGCUGUUCAAAAUGAGGAGCCCCGUGAGCCUCCGAGAGAAGAGAGGGACAGAGACAGCACCGUGGGCCAGAGAGGGGAGACCCACUGCACCCACAUCACCUUGAAGUCCACGGCGUCGCCCCGGCCCGCGGUGCUGCACCGCACAGAGCUGCACCUGCCCCUCCCGUGGCGAGCCCCGCGGCAACCCCAAGGGCGAGGCAAAGGCCCCAGCCCGGCGCUGAGGACAGUGUGUGUUUCCAGACCUCCUCCCAGGAGCCUGCCUGUGGGGAGAGGCCCACGGGUGGAUGAGGAAAGGCUGAGGGCCCAGAGGCCUUCGCUGCUUCCACCCACGUCUCCAGCCUCGCCCGACGCGGAGAAGGCAGCAGGCUCCGAGGCUCGGGGCGGCGACGCGAGAAAAGGCAGGCCGCGCCGGCCACAGAGCAAGUGCGGCCCGAACCUGAAGACCGUGGACGUGAACAUCAGGGUGCGGCGCAGGGAGGCCGGCGUGGCGCCUGUGUCACGGAUCCUCGAGGCGCAGGGGCUGGUGCUGAAUGUGAGGGCGCUGACCGGGCCCCGGCUCGCAGGCGAGCAGGACUCCCGGAUCUUUCUGACCAGGGCUUUCCUCUGCACCCCGGCGGCCCUCGAUCUGGAACCGGGGAGCAAAGCCGACAAAACAGCCCCCAGGGUGGCAGGAUCCUCCGGUCCACGGGGGAUGCUCCGGGGAGCAUCAGAUGCCCAGACAACAGCGCCUGGAGAGGCGGCUGAUGGGGACCGUGCACUCCUUGCUGAAAGGGGGGGUGGGGCGCCCCAGCAGUGGACCUCAGACUUCCUCAUCUGUGUGCAGGGCAGGAAGGAGCCUCCGCAGGUCAAGUCCAAAGGGGAUUUGCGUCAGUUGGUUUUAAAUUCACAGGAUGGGGAUGUUUAUUUCACGGGAUUCGGUGCCAUAAGUAGCGGGAAAAGGCUAGAAUGUCUCUUCCCGGGGCAGAAGGCUCAGUCAGAAAAACACAAAACAGAAACUCUUAGUACAUUUCACUCCUGCCCCGCCACGAAGCUGGCAAAAAGGGCGAAUCAGGAGGAGGAAGCGGAACCCGAGGGUAACUCGGACUGCAGAGCAGGUGCUGAGGGCUUCGCUUCACAGCCGGGGGAGACCCCCGGCUCCCCUGUCAGCGCCAAAGCACUUCGCCCCCCGGAGCCAAAUGCCCAACCCCAAGACACUUUAUCAAAAGCAGCUCCCGGGUCUGCAGAUUCUGAUUCAGGCCCAAAUACGCCAGGGGAGGACGGACAGAGGGACGAUAAAGUAAGCCAAGCGGCUCCUGCCAAAGGGCCAGCGCCCCAGACACGGGAGUCCUGUGAGGACGUGACGGCGGCAGAGUCAAGCAGCCCCCCAAAGAGAAACGGAGCAAACGUGCUGACGACGCAAGCGGUGCUGCCGUCUGAAAGUGGGCCACAGCCCGGGCAGAACGCCAGCUGCCCUCUUUCGUGGCCACUUCCAAAGAGGAGGCAGAAAACACCCCUGGGAACAGACGCGUGCAAGCCAAUGCUGCUGCGCCCCAGCACGCGGCUCCUGCCGGGCUCACAUGCGGGCGCCGUGCGCAGGGGAGGAGCACGGUGCCUGCUGGCUUCCCAGCAAGUGGAAAACAUCCUAGAACCGCUCCAGAACUUUCUUACCCCCUACUGGGCCUUUUCACCACGACCUGCAGACCAGGUGGGAAGAGAUGAAUGUGGCGCUGGCACUGUUCUGCAUCGGGAGCAGAAGACACUCAAAAGGGAAAAGGGGAAAUUAAAACCAGGCACAAGCAUGGCUGUGCAUGUGCAGGAGAGAAAAACAGGAGAGGUCAGUGCGAAGAAGGAGAAACUGAAAAAGGGCAGGAGCAAUCCUCCGAAGCACAAAGGUCCUUCCCUCAAGGCCGCGAAAUCUCCAGCGCAGACUCAGGCCAUGGCCCCCAGGGUGAAAAGCUGCCCAGGGAGGCGAAAGCCUAAAAAGGAGCUCGGAGGGACCGACCAAGACACGCAGCCACAGACGCUGUUGCCAAAACAGGUGGUUCUGGACUCUCUCUAUGCCUACAUUCCGCUUCCCCCCAAAUUUGAAGGCUGGAAGGGCAGAGUCACGAUGGCAGAUCUGAGAAGAGAACUGAGCCCCAAAUAUUUAACUAUCAACACUCCAGGUCACCCAGUUCCACACAUCCUUGACGACUUGGGGCGUGGGGUUCCGAGCGACAGAAUGAAACUGGAGUACGACUUCACCAAACCCAAGAUGUUCCUGUGGCGCGGGGAGGGCGCGGGCGUAGCCAUCAGAAGGCUCUCUGUGGCCGUGGUGAGCCCGCCCCCGACGACGGCAGGGGGAGUGUCGGAGAGAAACCCAAGAAGAGGAAGGAGAAUUGGCCUCUCGGAGUUCCCGGGGAAAUCAGCAGACACGCGGGAAGCUCCAGGGAGCAGGAUCAGCUCCAGCACCCCGGAGGAGGCGGCCCCGGGGGUGCCAGGCGCCGCCCCCCAGAGCCCCAGCCCUUGCCGGCACCCGAGUGGCCAUCGCGGAAGCCCCCUGGCGUGGCAUGGGAAGCCGGCCUCAGCGGGGAGAGAAAGGGAAGAUUUUUCACUCCGCAAACCGAGGACGGGCCUGUCCCCGGACAUGAUUUCCCAGCGGCCACCAGAGACCCUGACUCGCCCACGAGGGAACGAGACGACGAAGCACCAGCGCCCCUUCCCGCUGGAGCCGCAAGGGAGAGGCUGGACAGCUGCGUGACAAGCACCCAGACUUUGAGCCUUCCCCCGCCAGCAGGAGAAGCGGCCCCUGGGGGGUCUCAGCUGGGCCAC